GUGUGUCUCGUGCUGCUGCUGCUGCUGAGGACAGGGCGCGUGCCCGACGCUGCCGCUGCUGCAGUAGCCCCUCCGCCGCCGCUGCUUCUGUAACCGGAGCUCCAUCAUAACCGGCGUUCAGCGGGAAACAUGGACCCAGCGGACCAGUGAGGCGCGCAGACCGACCCACAGCCGCACAAGAAAAGUCACAGCUCUGCUGCCCAUUUAUCUUUCGUACUGGUUUCCACCCCUCUGUGUUCUGGGGAUGAAUGCACCAAUGAGGAGCCUGACCAUUCACUCCCUUUAUAGCACGGCUAGUCCCAGCAUGCUGAAGAGGAAGCAGAGCUCGCGCGUCGAGGCGCAGCCCAUGACGGAUUUUGGGCCUGAUGAAACGCUCACCGACAGUGCUGACAUCCUCUGGAUCAACAAACCAUGGGUGCACUCCUUGUUGCGGGCCUGUGCUAUAAUCAGCGUCAUCUCUGUGUGCAUGAACACGCCCAAGACAUUCGAGCACUACCCACCCCUGGAGUACGUCACCUUCACCCUGGACACUCUGCUCAUGUUCCUCUACACAGCCGAGAUGAUCGCCAAGAUGCACAUCAGAGGCAUCAUCAAGGGAGAUAACUCUUAUGUUAAGGACCGCUGGUGCAUGUUUGAUGGCUUCAUGGUGGUCUUCCUCUGGGUCUCUCUCGUGCUUCAGGUGUUUGAAAUAGCGGAGCUCGUGGAUCAGAUGUCACCGUGGGGAAUGCUGCGUAUACCCAGGGCCCUCAUAAUGAUCCGAGCCUUUCGGAUCUAUUUUAGAUUUGAGCUGCCUCGCUCUCGCAUAACCAACAUCCUGAAGCGAUCCGGAGAGCAAAUCUGGAGUGUGUCCAUAUUUUUACUCUUUUUCCUUCUACUUUAUGGAAUCCUUGGCGUUCAGAUGUUUGGCACCUUCAAUUUCCAUUGUGUCACCAAUGAGACGGAGAGAGAUAAUGUGACAUGGAACAGCCUCGCCAUUCCUGACACACACUGCUCGCCAGAUGGGGAGGGCUACCAGUGCCCCAUGGGAUUCAAGUGUGUGGACCUGGAGGACCUGGGUCUCAGCAGACAGGAGCUGGGAUACAGUGGUUUUAACGAGCUUGGUACCAGCAUAUUCACUGUGUAUGAGGCUGCCUCUCAGGAGGGCUGGGUCUUCAUCAUGUACCGAGCCAUCGACAGCUUCCCACGCUGGCGCUCCUACUUCUACUUCAUCACACUCAUCUUCUUCCUCGCUUGGCUGGUCAAGAAUGUUUUCAUCGCUGUGAUCAUUGAGACGUUUGCUGAGAUCAGAGUGCAGUUCCAGCAGAUGUGGGGUUCCCGAAGCAGCACUACAUCUACAGCCACUACACAGAUGUUUCAUGAGGAUGCGUCUGGAGGAUGGCAGCUUGUAGCGGUGGAUGUGAAUAAGCCACAUGGCCGUGCGCCCGCCUGCCUCCAGAAACUGAUGCGCUCCUCCGUGUUCCACAUGUUCAUUCUGAGUAUGGUGGCUGUGGAUGUGAUUGUGGCUUCCAGCAACUACUACAAAGGAAAGAACCACAAGAAGGACUACGAUGAGUUCUACCUGGCCGAGGUUGCCUUCACGGUGCUCUUUGAUCUGGAGGCUCUUCUGAAGAUCUGGUGCCUGGGCUUUACUGGCUACAUCAGUUCAUCUCUACAUAAGUUUGAGUCUCUCCUGGUUGUGGGCACCACCCUGCACAUCUACCCGGACCUCUACCACUCUCAGUUAACCUACUUUCAGGUGCUGAGAGUGGUGCGUCUAAUAAAGAUCUCGCCUGCGCUGGAGGAUUUUGUGUAUAAGAUAUUUGGUCCAGGGAAGAAGCUGGGCAGUCUCGUCGUGUUCACAGCCAGUCUGCUUAUAGUCAUGUCUGCCAUCAGUCUUCAGAUGUUCUGCUUUGUGGAGGAAUUGGACCGUUUCACCACCUUUCCCAGGGCCUUCAUGUCCAUGUUUCAGAUUCUGACUCAGGAAGGCUGGGUGGAUGUUAUGGACCAAACCCUGGUAGCAGUUGGACACAUGUGGGCUCCAGUGGUGGCUAUCUACUUCAUCCUCUACCACCUGUUUGCUACUCUGAUCUUGCUGAGUCUUUUUGUGGCUGUUAUUCUGGACAAUCUUGAGCUUGAUGAAGACCUGAAAAAACUGAAACAGCUGAAGCAGAGUGAAGCCAAUGCAGAUACAAAAGAGAAGCUUCCCCUGCGUUUACGCAUCUUUGAGAAGUUCCCCAACAGACCACAGAUGGUGAAGAUAUCCAAGCUGCCGUCCGACUUCACUGUGCCCAGGAUUAGGGAAAGCUUUAUGAAGCAGUUUAUUGACCGGCAGCAGCAGGACCCCAGCUGUCUAUUUCGUAGACUCCCCUCCGCCUCGUCUUCCUCCUGCGAUCACUCCAAACGCUCUGCUAUUGAGGAUAAUAAAUACAUUGAUCAGAAGCUAAGAAGAUCAAUAUUCAGCAUCCGUGCUCGCAACCUGCUAGAAAAGGAAACAACAGUCAAUAAAAUUCUACGGGCUUGCACCAGACAGCGCAUGCUGAGCGGCUCCUUUGAGGGCCAGCCAACCAAAGAGCGCUCCAUCCUCAGUGUGCAGCACCACAUCCGCCAGGAGCGCAGGUCCCUCAGACACGGCUCCACCAGCCAGAGAAUCAGCAGAGGCAAAUCUCUGGAGACUCUUACCCAAGAUCACACUAACACUGUGCGCUAUCGGAACGCUCAGAGAGAGGACAGCGAGAUCAAGAUGAUCCAGGAGAAGAAGGAACAGGCUGAGAUGAAACGGAAAGUUCAAGAAGAGGAGCUGAGAGAGAACCAUCCUUACUUUGACAAGCCUCUGUUUAUCGUCGGGAGAGAGCACCGCUUCCGAAACUUCUGCCGGAUGAUCGUGCGAGCCCGAUUUAAUGCGUUGAAAACAGAUCCCAUAACAGGAGCAGUAAAGAGCACAAAGUAUCAUCAGUUAUAUGAUCUGCUGGGAUUGGUGACGUAUCUGGACUGGGUGAUGAUCGUGGUCACUAUCUGCUCUUGCAUCUCCAUGAUGUUUGAGUCUCCUUUCACCAGAGUUAUGCAUGCCCCCACACUGCAGAUUGCCGAGUACGUGUUUGUGAUAUUCAUGAGCAUUGAGCUGAAUCUGAAGAUCAUGGCGGACGGCCUCUUCUUCACACCUACUGCAGUGAUCCGAGACUUCGGCGGCGUCAUGGACAUUUUCAUCUACUUAGUCAGUCUGAUUUUCCUGUGUUGGCUUCCCACGGAUGUUCCCCCAGAAUCAGGUGCUCAGCUACUGAUGAUGCUGCGCUGUCUGCGUCCUCUGCGCAUCUUUAAGCUGGUGCCUCAGAUGAGGAAGGUGGUGCGGGAGGUCCUUAAGGGCUUUAAAGAAAUCUUCCUGGUCUCUAUUCUUCUUCUGACAUUAAUGCUGGUGUUUGCAAGCUUCGGGGUGCAGCUCUUUGCUGGGAAACUUGCCAAGUGUAACGAUCCUACCAUUAUUCAUGAGGAGGACUGCCAUGGAAUCUUCAGAAUCAACGUCAGCAUCUCCAAAAACCUCAACCUAAAGCUCAAACCCGACGAGAAAAAACCUGGAUUUUGGGUGCCAAGAGUGUGGGCAAACCCUCGCAACUUCAACUUUGACAACGUUGGCAACGCCAUGCUGGCUCUGUUUGAGGUGCUGUCUCUGAAAGGCUGGGUGGAAGUGAGAGAUGUCAUCAUACACAGAGUGGAUCCAACCCACGGCAUCUACAUCCACGUCUUCGUAUUCCUGGGCUGCAUGAUUGGGCUCACUCUGUUUGUAGGCGUGGUCAUAGCUAACUUCAAUGAAAACAAGGGCACAGCUCUGCUGACGGUGGACCAGAGGAGAUGGGAGGAUCUGAAGAGCAGGCUGAAGAUCGCUCAGCCACUGCAUCUCCCCCCGAGACCAGAAAACGGUGGCUUCCGUGCCAAGAUGUAUGACAUCACCCAGCACCCUUUCUUCAAGCGAGGCAUAGCAGUGCUGGUUCUAGCCCAGUCCGUUUUGCUGUCUGUUAAGUGGGAUGUUGGUGCCCCAUUGACAUUUCCUCUGGCAACAAUGUCUGUGGUGUUUACCUUCAUCUUUGUAUUGGAGGUGACGAUGAAGCUGAUAGCCAUGUCACCAGCUGGAUACUGGCAGAGCAGGAGGAACAGAUAUGACCUCCUGGUUACAUCUCUCGGGGUCAUAUGGAUCAUUUUACACUUCGCUUUACUGAAUGCCUAUACCUACAUGAUGGGAACCUGCGUGAUAGUGUUGAGGUUUUUCACAAUAUGUGGAAAGCAUGUGACACUGAAAAUGCUGCUGCUGACGGUGGUGGUGAGCAUGUAUAAGAGUUUCUUCAUCAUCGUGGGAAUGUUUCUGCUGCUGCUGUGCUACGCCUUCGCCGGCGUGGUUCUCUUCGGCACCGUCAAAUACGGCGAGAACAUUAACAGGCAUGCAAACUUCUCCACCGCAGGGAAGGCCAUCACUGUGCUGUUCCGUAUCGUCACGGGUGAAGACUGGAAUAAGAUUAUGCAUGACUGCAUGGUGCAGCCUCCAUCUUGCACGCCAGACAAGCACCGCUACUGGGAGACGGACUGCGGCAACUACGCCGGCGCCCUCAUCUACUUCUGCUCCUUCUACGUCAUCAUCGCCUACAUCAUGCUCAACCUGCUCGUGGCCAUCAUUGUGGAGAACUUCUCUUUGUUCUACUCUACGGAGGAGGAUCAGUUGCUAAGCUACAACGACCUGCGUCACUUCCAGAUCAUUUGGAACAUGGUGGAUGACAAGCGAGAGGGUGUGAUCCCCACCUCGCGGGUGAAGUUCUUGCUGCGGCUGCUGAGAGGCCGGCUGGAGGUGGACCUGGACAAAGACAAGCUGCUCUUCAAACACAUGUGCUACGAGAUGGAGCGGCUGCACAGCGGAGGCGAUGUCACUUUCCAUGAUGUGCUGAGCAUGCUAUCAUACCGCUCAGUGGACAUCAGGAAGAGUCUGCAGCUGGAGGAGUUGCUGGCUCGGGAGCAGCUGGAAUACACCAUCGAGGAGGAGGUAGCCAAGCAGACCAUCCGCAUGUGGCUGAAGAAGUGCCUGAAACGCAUUCGAGCUAAGCAGCAGCAGUCGUGCAGUAUCAUCCUGAGUCUGCGCGAGAGCCAGCAGCAGGAAAUGCGUCGCCUCCUUAAUCCCCCCAGCAUCGAGACCACCGUCCCAAGCGACGACGCCAACGCUAACAACCAGGACAACCCCACGCAGCCCGAGCAGAACAGCGGCCUGCAGACCCUGCUGAGCCCCACGCUGUCGGACCGCAGCGGAUACAGGCAGGACUCUGCUGACCGGCCGCAGAGGAAGCUGGGCCAGUGGAGGCUGCCCACAGGUCGCACUAGUGUGAAGUCCAUGGUGUGCAAGAUGAACCCGGUGAGUGACGAAGCCUCCUCAGGAUCAGAAGUGAAGAAGUGGUGGACUCGGCAGCUGACGGUGGAGAGCGACGAGAGUGGCGACGACCUCAUUGAUCUCUGAGGUUGUGUAGCAUCACGCGUACAUGUGCACAAACACUGAAUACACUGUACACACACACAGCUGAGAGCCACAGAGCCGCUGCUGCUGCUGCUGCUGCUGCUGCUGUACAGCUCUGGUCUGGGGCAGGGGUAGGAUGUAUUAUCUAUCCUACGGUAUUAUGCUCUACCUUGUUAAGGAAUGUGAUAAACACUUCAGAUGUUCAGAUGUGUUUACCGUGCAUAAUAAUAUGCAUAAGUGAAGUAUGCAAAUUGUAGAGGAAAUUAUGAAAUUGCAUUUGGGAGUGCUGCUGCCAAAACCUAUAGAAAGUGAUCUCCAUUGAAAUGUCAUUAGCAUCACAUACUGCUUCCAAAGCCCUUUUCAAAGCAAUCCGCCAUCUGUGUUUUAAAAGCACUCCAUAAAGGAUCUCAUUCACCUUUAUGAAUUAUGGAAAUCAUUUCCAUCUAUGAUUAAUUAAUGUCUGAAUUAAGUGGAUCAGUUUAUACUGGACACCGUUAAGAACUGGACCGACCGUCGUGAGCUCGAGCAUCAUUCUUCAUCUUAGGGUUUUGCUUCUGAGAGAAGAUCUUUACAAACUUCUUUAUCAAUAAUGUAAAGAGCAGCUGCUGUACGCCCCUCAGGAUGUUAAGAAUGUGACAGAACAGACUCAGACUGAGCUCAGAGACAGAUGCGGAGGCUAUGAGAGCAUGGCUAUACAGAGCUUUAGUGCCGCCAGAUGUUCUGCCGUGUCAAAACCGAGUCAACAUGAAAGCCAUAAGGACUUCUUCUGUUCUUCUGUUUGCUUUGUCUUUGUGCCAGCGUCUUACCUCCCUACAUAAUCCCUGAUAAUAAUAAUAAUAGAUUUAUAAAUACAUUUUUAAAUCAUAUUCACUGUUACCUUGGAGGGGGUUGUGAUUGGUUGGAUGGACCUACAGUGUUUAAACUGAACAUCUGUGUGGAAGAGACAUUCAGUGUACCUCUGCUCUGUUUCUCUAUGUGUGUUAACGUGACUGUGUUAAAUCUUCACCUUUAUCUUCAUCUUAAGAGUA